AGAUAAUUGUGCUACUGUCUGCAAUCCGACUAUAAGCAUAAAGAGCAGCCAGAUUUAGCUAGCGUCAGUGGAUACCGUUUCAUUUUGUGUACCCCAUUUUAGGAGGGGGUUUGUUGGUCUUUGGCUUGCAAGCUAGCUCAACGCUGGCUUCACUGACCAAACAUGCAGAAAUAUGAAAAGCUUGAAAAAAUUGGAGAGGGUACGUAUGGAACUGUUUUCAAAGCUAAAAACAGAGAAACGCAUGAAAUAGUGGCAUUAAAACGGGUCAGGCUGGACGACGACGACGAGGGGGUGCCAAGUUCUGCUUUAAGAGAAAUCUGUCUUCUGAAAGAACUAAAGCAUAAAAACAUUGUCAGAUUGCAUGACGUGUUGCACAGUGACAAGAAGUUAACAUUGGUUUUUGAAUAUUGUGAUCAGGAUUUGAAGAAAUAUUUUGACAGCUGUAAUGGAGAUCUAGAUCCUGAAACCGUGAAGUCGUUCAUGUACCAACUAUUGAAAGGCCUCGCAUUCUGUCACAGUCGAAACGUUCUUCAUAGAGAUCUGAAACCACAAAAUCUCCUCAUCAACAGAAAUGGGGAAUUGAAGCUUGCUGACUUUGGGCUGGCUCGAGCUUUUGGCAUUCCUGUGAGGUGUUACUCAGCAGAGGUUGUGACGCUUUGGUACCGACCUCCAGAUGUGUUGUUUGGUGCUAAACUUUAUUCUACCUCUAUUGACAUGUGGUCAGCUGGCUGCAUAUUUGCAGAGCUGGCUAAUGCUGGAAGGCCGUUAUUCCCUGGCAAUGAUGUGGAUGACCAGUUGAAAAGAAUCUUCAGAUUGUUGGGCACACCUACUGAGGAACAGUGGCCAACAAUGACAAAACUUCCUGAUUAUAAGCCAUAUCCCAUGUAUCCAGCCACCACCUCCCUUGUGAAUGUGGUUCCUAAACUAAGUAGCACAGGAAGGGAUCUACUGCAGAACCUGUUGAAGUGUAAUCCCGUUCAGAGGAUUUCAGCUGAAGAGGCCUUGCAGCACCCCUACUUUGCCGAUUUCUGCCCGCCCUAAAAUGCUAAAUUGCCUGUCACCGAGCCACAGCCGCAAGAAUCAAUCAUCCUUCACUCUGUUUGGUCAUUAGGAGCGAUUCUCAACAAGGCAAAUCCCUCACUGGGAUUCUGACACUCCCAUGCAGUUCAUUCUGUUGUGCCUCUGUGUGGAACAAAGCCCCAGCGGCUCUGCUAAGCUUUAGGGUCUUUUAAGUUAAAAGCCUGUUUUAAUUUGGUUCAAACAUCACUCCAAGUUAAUUGGCACCAAUGAGGGCGGGGUUGCAUUUAAUACACUUUAUAGUCAUACGUUUUCUUUUUUGCCUAUUUAAGUUAAAUUAGUAAAGCAACAAACUGUUUUCUUUAGUGUUCCGUCGUAAUCUAUGGUCAUAUAAUUUGGCGAGUUAACGUCAGAUGCCUGCCAAAGUGCUUGUACUUAGUGCAUCAGUCACUCACACGCCUUUGUUGAGAUGUAGUUUCUAUUCCUGAUGGUGUUUCAGUAGUUUUCUUUUUCUUUUUUUUUUUUUUU